UUUUUUUUUCUCUUCAGAGAAAGGGCAGGUAAAAUGCCUGAACCAACGAAAUCCGCCCCAGCCCCGAAGAAGGGCUCCAAGAAAGCCGUGACCAAGGCGCAGAAGAAGGAUGGCAAGAAGCGCAAGCGCAGCCGCAAGGAGAGCUACUCGGUGUACGUGUACAAGGUGCUGAAGCAGGUCCACCCAGACACCGGCAUCUCGUCUAAGGCCAUGGGCAUCAUGAACUCGUUUGUCAACGACAUCUUCGAGCGCAUCGCCGGCGAGGCCUCGCGGCUGGCGCAUUACAACAAGCGCUCGACCAUCACGUCCCGGGAGAUCCAGACGGCCGUGCGCCUGCUGCUGCCCGGGGAGUUGGCCAAGCACGCCGUGUCCGAGGGCACCAAGGCCGUCACCAAGUACACCAGCUCCAAGUAAAUUUAUUUCUAGGCACUGUCAAACCCAAAGGCUCUUUUCAGAGCCACCUCACG